AUGGGGGAUGGUGCUCAUCUGGCUCCCCGCCAGAUAUGGGCUCAGCCUACGACUACAGCCACAAAGUCGUAUGCCCCCGGCUGUACACCAUUUCUUCUUCCCAGUGAUGGCUUGAUUUAUCUGAAUCGCACGUAUGCAAUGACCCUUACGAACAAUGCCAUAUAUGAGCCGGUAUGCACUGGGACGACUACGCCGACUGCGACGAACCAUGCGUCCCCGCAACUUGACACCCGCGACCCCUUUUACGCCUCGGUGACCCCACAACUAUACGCUAUCGGAUGUUCAACGGUCGUCAGCUACCUUCUUGUUAUCAUCCUUCUCAUAACUCCCCGUACUUUCUACGUCGGCGGCCCCGGCGGUGGCGCAAACUUCUUGGGGAGCCAUGGCAUGAUCAGCGGUUCGUACAGUGGCAACUCCUCGGUGGUUGGAGUCGGAGGCCGCCCGUGGCUGCAGAAGGUUGCCGCGCUGCUCGUCGCCAUAUCUUUGACCAUCGCGACGGCCAACUCGUUCAAAGUGGCCGAGGAACAGUACAAUCAUGGGUACUCGGACGCCGAAGCGUUGGCGGAAGAAGUGAUCGAUGGCAUGGAGAUUCGAAUUAUUCGAGUGAUAUCCAGCACGUUUCUAUGGCUGGCGCAGGUCCAAACGUUGAUUCGGCUCUUCCCUCGACACAAGGAGAAAAUUAUGAUCAAGUGGGCAGGGUUCGCGUUGAUCGUCUUAGAUACGAUUUUCAGCGCACUGGACAAGUUUCUGGUCCAGACAAACACGACGCGACCACGACUGUACGACGAUGCGAUCCCGGCCCUCAGCUACCUUUUCGAGCUGGCGCUCAACCUACUAUACGCAGCAUGGGUGAUCUUCUACUCGUUAUCGAAACAUCGCUUUGCAUUCUUCCACCCGAAAAUGAGAAACAUCUGCCUGGUGGCUCUGCUCUCCUUAUGCGCGAUUCUCAUCCCGGUGAUUUUCUUUGUUCUGGAUAUUGCGAAACCUGAAAUUGCGGGCUGGGGUACCUAUAUCAGAUGGGUUGGUUCAGCGGCUGCGAGUGUCGUUGUAUGGGAAUGGGUGGAGCGAAUAGAGGCGCUCGAACGCGACGAAAGGAAGGACGGCAUUCUCGGCCGGGAAAUCUUCGACGGGGAUGAAAUGUUGGAGGUGACCCCGUCGGAGGAGGUCGACUGGCCUCGACACAACAAUGGAGGCAACGACAAGGGCGGAGGCACUGGGGCGUCUUCCGGAUGGGGAGGCAUGAUGGGCUUAGCGAACCGGCCGCUACGCACCAGAGUCGGCCUCCAGAAUCCUGGCCGUCAUUGGCCGUCCUAUGCAUCGCCUCGGGAUGGCCUUGCUGCAGACCAUCGCCGCCGAAAACCAGCUCGGCCGACGCCACCCCCUGCCGCUGUCACCCCGGUCAGCAGGGCGAAUACCACGAGCGCGGCCAGCACGAUGUACAACGUUCACUACCAUUCAGUUUCUAGUCCCACGCCACCGGUCGCCAUGCCCAAUAUGGAGGAGGAAGAUGAAAGCGGCAAUCUGGCGGUAAAGGAGAUCGAGGGACAAGAAGGGAGCUCUAGCCAGGACGGACUCUCCGCGGCGGAGCAGGACCGGGAAGAGUCUCCACAGAUUAUCCACACAGACCCGAGAUGGCGGACGAUUCUCAAUCCCUUCAGACGGCGGCGAGCUUCCCUCCCGCGGGAGGUCGCUUCUGCCCAGGCAGAUGAUGAACAGUUUCCACCCCAAGAUGAGCGGGAUUCGCAUGGAGCACCGAACGACGAAGAGCAUGGCACCCGAUCGGGGACGGACCAACUGUUCCCGUUCAAUCGCAAAACAAGGCCCAGCUCUGGACGACAGGGCGCAGAUGCUCCCCUGCCCGUUACCGUUAUUCCUGCACGUCGCCGAGGCCAGCAGACCUGGUCACCGCAGUGGUUUAACGAUUCCAGUAUCCUCGACUCCACCCCCAGCCAGCCCCCGCGUCCGAGGCGUGUAGAUCCCCAUAUGAAGGUGAUCCAGCCGCAGACGCGAACCGCAGCUCCAUGGGCUUCUACCGAUGGCGAUGGGCAGUUUGGCAAUUACGAACUGCGAUAUGAUCCUGAAGCGGCGGCUCUUGUUGGCCAUGAUGGGGGUGACGCGGAGAACCAAUCCACAAGCCAUGAAGCCGAGCAUCCUCCCGGAGAUCCCGAACGGCGGUCGAUCCUUGAUCAAUCACCGACCCAACCGCCACCGCAAGGGCCUGGUUAG